AUGCUGAAUACUUUGGCAAACCAUGGCUAUAUUCCUCAUAGCGGCCGCCAAAUCUCGCCUUCGCAGAUAGAAAACGCCUUCACAAACUUCCUCAAUAUCGAAGUAGGAUUCGCAGCGGCCGCCAAGAGCUUUGCCAAAGCAUGGGGCAAUGAUACCUUUGACCUUGAUGACCUCAACACACCAGACAUACUGCAGCACAUUGCGUCCCUCACCCGAGAUGAUUAUACAUCUCAUAAUCCUCAAUUGGAGCCAAAUUUGCUCCGAAUUGAGCGUCUCAUGGCUGACAGCCCUACAUCAUUCAUCAACGUUGAUUCUAUCGCCAAAAGCCGACUGCGUGUGGAAUCAGAGUCAAUACCAAACGAGCUUUCCAAAAACCAGAUGAAUGCGGCGCUCUUUGAAGCCGCAAUGGUCCUUGUCAUGAUGUCGGACCACAGUCCUAAUGCGGAGUCUAACCCUCCUGUAUCGGCAUACCAGGGCCCUAAGGAUCGUAUCCAAACAUGGUUUGAACAAGAAAGAUUUCCCACGGAAUUUGGAUGGAGGCCAUCGGCAAGGACUAUCAAGUUGGCUGACCUGAACCCUGCAAUUGACGGCAUUAUCGAGUCUAUGGAGAGACAAGAUAAUAACGGGCGUGUUGCACAAAGGUUUUCUGAAGAUUAA